CCGCCAACCCCCUUGGGCUCCGAAGCCAACGGGAACGGGGAGAGCUGUUUGGGACCCAGUUUGUGUGUGUGUGUGUGUCGGGGGGGGGGGCGGGGAGGUCUGGCCCCGUGGGAGCACAGCCCCUGCACCCUUGCUGCGGCGCCCCCUCCUUUCCCCUCCGGCCCGCAGAGCUGGGGUGGUCUUUGGAAAUUGCCCUCACCACCGCCCCACCGGCUCCGCGGGUCCCAUCUUGAGGCAGUGGCCCUGGAGCCGAUUUGAUCCCACUGAACUGGCUUUCCCGAGCUUCCUCAGCUUCCCAGGGCCCUCUCUUCUCCCUUCUCCAGACCCUGGGACCUCUGCUCCGAGCCCCAGCCCCUCCACUGGUUGACCCUGCUGGCGGGUGGGCUCAGGGCAGCGGGUCUUCCAGAGCCUGUCCUGCCCUUAAGGAGCCACGUGCCAAAUAGCAGCACGCUCCAGGGGAACAGGAUAGAAGGUGGUGUGCUAAGUGCCCUGGGCUCUCACCUUCUUCCCUACCAUGAGGUGGGGCCGCCAUUUGCCCAGGGCCUCUUGGGGCUCUGGUCUGGGAGGAGCGCUCCAGUCAGCAGAUGAACGAAUCCCCUUCCUGAUCCACUGGAGUUGGCCCCUUAAAGGGAAGCUUCCCAUUGGGCUCCCUAGGGCCUUUGUACGUCACCGUGGAAGCUCAGCGGGCAGUGGUCCUCCAUCAAGAAGCCAUGGAAAGUUGUUCCAGAGCAUCUCUGCAUCGGAAGCUGUCCAGGGCCACCGCCGGCAUCUGGCCGAGUGGUUCAGCCGGUUGCCCAGAGAAGAGCGCCAGUUCGGCCCGACCUUUGCACUGGACACGGUCCACGUAGACCCUGUGAUCCGCGAGAGCACCCCGGAUGAGCUGCUUCACCCAUCGGCGCAGCUGGCCCUGGAGCACCAGCCCCCCCUGGCCGGGCUCCCCCCACUGGCCCUGUCUCAGCUCUUCGACCCCGAUGCCUGUGGGCGCCGGGUGCAGACAGUGGUGCUGUACGGGACGGUGGGCACGGGGAAGAGCACGCUGGUGCGCAAGAUGGUCCUGGACUGGUGUUACGGGCGGUUGCCGGCCUUCGAGCUGCUCAUCCCCUUCUCCUGCGAGGACCUGUCCUCCCUGGGCUCUGCCCCAGCCUCCUUGUGCCAGCUCGUGGCUCAGCGCUACGCGUCCCUGAAGGAGAUCCUGCCUCUGAUGGCUGCUGCUGGGUCCCGCCUGCUCUUUGUGCUCCACGGCUUGGAGCGGCUCAACCUCGACUUCCGGUUAGCGGGAACAGGGCUUUGCAGUGACCCCGAGGAGCCAGGGGCACCAGCUGCCAUCAUUGUCAACCUGCUGCGCAAGUACAUGCUGCCCGAGCUCCGCCUCAACCAGCCGGACUGCGGGAACGGAGCCGGGGGUGCGGGUGUCUCGGCCACGCCAGCUCAGCGUGACAGCCUGGUGCAGAUGCUCUCCCGCAACCUGGAGGGGCACCACCAGAUCGCUGCCGCCUGCUUCCUGCCCUCCUACUGCUGGCUUGUGUGUGCCACCUUGCACUUCCUGCAUGCCCCCACGCCGCCCGGGCAGACCCUCACGAGCAUUUACACCAGCUUCCUGCGGCUCAACUUCAGUGGGGAGAUGCUGGACAGCACUGACCCCUCCAAGUUGUCCCUCAUGGCCUAUGCAGCCCGAACCGUGGGCAAGUUGGCCUACGAGGGGGUGUCCUCCCGCAAGACCUACUUCUCCGAAGAGGACGUCCGCGGCUGCCUGGAAGCUGACCUCAAGACGGAAGAAGAGUUCCAGCUGCUGCAUGUUUUCUGCCGGGAUGCCCUGCGGUUUUUCCUGGCCCCGUGCGUGGAACCAGGGCACCGGGACACCUUUGUGUUCACUGUGCCUGCCAUGCAGGAGUACCUGGCCGCCCUCUACAUCGUGCUGGGUUUGCGUAAGACGACCCUGCAGCGGGUGGGCAAGGAGGUGGCCGAGCUCGUGGGCCGAGUCGGGGAGGACGUCAGCGUGGUCCUGGGCAUCGUGGCCAAGCUUCUGCCCCUGCGAGCCCUGCCUCUGCUCUUCAACCUGCUCAAGGUGGUGCCGCGAGUGUUUGGGCGCAUGGUGGGUAAGAGCCGCGAGGCGGUGGCCCAGGCCAUGGUGCUGGAGAUGUUCCGAGAGGAGGAUUACUACAACGACGACGUCCUGGACCAGAUGGGUGCCAGUAUCCUGGGCGUGGAGGGCCCGCGGCGGCACCCGGACGAGCCUCCCGAGGAUGAGGUCUUUGAGCUCUUCCCCAUGUUCAUGGGGGGGCUCCUGUCUGCACAGAACCGGGCCAUGCUGGCUCAGCUAGGCCGCCCCAUCAAGACCCUGGAUGCCCUGGAGAAUGCCCAGGCCAUCAAGAAGAAGCUGGGCAAGCUGGGCCGGCAGGCGCUGCCCCCGUCCGAGCUCCUUGACCACCUCUUCUUCCACUACGAGUUCCAGAAUCAGCGCUUCUCCGCCGAGGUGCUCAGCUCCCUGCGCCAGCUCAACCUGGCGGGUGUGCGCAUGACGCCCCUCAAGUGCACGGUGGUGGCGGCCGUCCUGGGCAGCGGAAGGCAUGCCCUGGACGAGGUGAACUUGGCCUCAUGUCAGCUGGACCCUGCUGGGCUGCACACACUCAUGCCUGUCUUCCUGCGUGCCCGGAAGCUGGGCUUGCAACUCAACAGCCUGGGCCCCGAAGCCUGCAGUGUCCUCCGGGACCUGCUGCUGCAUGACCAGUGCCAGAUGACUACCCUGCGGCUGUCCAACAACCCGCUGACAGCGGCUGGCGUGGCCCUGCUGGUGGAGGGGCUGGUGGGGAACAGCUCGCUGACGCAUCUGUCCCUGCUGCACACGGGCCUCGGGGACGAGGGCCUGCAGCUGCUGGCUGCCCAGCUGGACCGUAAUCAACAGCUACAGGAGCUGAACGUGGCCUACAACGCUGCUGGCGACACGGCGGCCCUGGCCCUGGCCCAGGCUGCCCGGGACCACCCUUCCCUGGAGCUGCUGCACCUCUACUUCAAUGAGCUGAGCUCAGGGGGCCGCCAGGCCCUGCGGGACUUGAGCGGCACUGCUAAAGGGGGCGCUCGGGUCGUGGUGUCGCUGACAGAGGGGACAGUGGUGUCCGAGUACUGGUCGGUGAUCCUUAGUGAAGUCCAGCGGAACCUCAACAGCUGGGAUCGGGGCCGCGUCCGGCGUCACCUUGACCUUCUGCUUCGUGAUCUGGAAGACAGCCGAGGGGCCACCCUUAACCCCUGGCGGAAGGCCCAGCUGCUGCGAGUGGAGGGUGAGGUCAGGGCCCUCCUGGAGCAGCUGGGAGGCCUGGGAAGCUGAAGCAGGGGCGGCAGUCACCUAGCUGUGUGACCCUGCCCCAUGAUCCUUCCCUCUGUGGCCUCCUGGUUUGCACUACUGCUUCCAGAAAGGUCCCUCUGGGGCUGCAGGUGAAGGGAUGGGUUCUCAGGUGUCCCAUGUCCACCCAUGGCUCCCAAGUCUGGAAUUUCCAGGGUCAUGAAACAGGCCUCCUCUCCGUUCUGCGAGGAAGACUGAGAAAGACUCCUUCAGGUGGCAUUUUGGUGGCCACUUGCCCUGCCGCGCAGCCAACCUGGCCUCUCUCCUCUCGGGAGCUUCUGAUUAUGCCACCAGGGGGCGCACUUCUUAAGUCGCCUUUGCCAAAGGUGCACCAUCCAGCUGUGUCCGCGGGCCUGCCCCUUCUGCCUUGCUGCUCUUCAGAGGACCCUGAGGAUGCCCGCAGCCACUUUCCUCUCGCUUUGGUGCCUUCCCCUCCCCUCCCCGUCCCCUUCCUCACCACCGUACCUGUGCUCGGUGGCUCUGAGGGCCAUGUGCACUGCCGUGCUUCCAUUAAAAGCUACGUCUUCACCUAC